AUGACUGCACCGAUGCGCUCGCUUGCUUCGUGUCGCCAAGUGCCGGCUAGCGUCGCUGCGCCGAGACUGCUGCGUCGAAAUUACGCCAGCGAGUCGGACGACCCGAUCGCACAGUCGCCGUUCUUUGCCAAGCUAGCCCAAGCUCCUGGUGCGAUCGAUGCGAUAGAGAAGCUCACUGCCUUGCUCGAGCGAAAGACGGGCAAGUCGAUCAGGACAGGCGAAGUACCGAGUGUGGCGGACUUGUACAAGCUGUCGUCGGAUGAAGAGCUCAAAGAGGCGACAAAGCGGAUCAUGACCAUCCUCAAAGAGUCCAACAUCGAGUUUGACGAGCAAGAUCGUGCGACGGCGCUCGAGGAGAUGCGCAAGCUCACUUCCGAGCCUUCCUGCCGGCGUUUCAGCUCUGGCCUGCAUCAGAGUAGCUUGCCUCGCCCGUCGUCAAGCUGGCACUACAAAUUCAGCUCGUCGACGGCCUCCCAAGUCGAGCGCCGCUUCUUCGACCUGACAUUUGUGCCAACACCCCCGACAAAGCUCAACGCUAUUCCUACUCGCCCUCACCGAGUCCCAAAGAUGCGCUCAGGUAGAGCAGCUCUGCUCGUCAGCCUCGUCCUCGCUCUCGCUUUGGCUUCACAAGCCAAAUCUCACCAUCAUGGCAUGCGCCGCUCGGCAGCCACCCAUCUCAAUGAGGCUGGUCCUUUGACCCAACGCUCCUCGGUCGAGCAGGAGUACGAACGCCUCGCUCGUCAUGUUCCUGCUGCCCGUCGUGGCCUCUUUGACAUCCUCAGGCGGCACCCGUCCGAGCAGAGUCUAGCCCGUCGCGACAGUUCUACCCAUGGCUCUGGUGGUAACGGCUCGGGCUCUGGCUCGGCGCCGGGCUCUGGCUCAAGCGGCAAGCAAUGCAAGAAGCCUGCCACCCCGACCAGUGACAACGCUACGCCGCCUUCAACUCAGCCUUCUUCGCCGGCCGCAUUGCCCAAUCCACCUCCUGCACCUGCGAACCCAACCAAGACAACUUCACGUGCCGUUACUACUUCGGGUCAGCACAUCGUGCCAAACAACAAGGAUGUCACGGGCAACAUCACCCCGGCCUCGAAGCCCACCUCAUCUACUCCUCCCUCUACGCUGCCCAAUACGCCCGCCCCGUCUACCACGCAGCCCGGUUCGCCUGCUCCUGCAACAACGGCGCCUGCAACACCUGCUACACCGCCUAGUGCUCCAUCUGGCAGGACAUGCAAGAGACCGGCUAACCCUAGCUCUACGACGACCCAGCCGACCGACUCUGAUCUGCCGAGCACUUUGACCGCGCCACCGUCAAGUCAGCCUACACCGCCUGUCGCCGAACAGCCUUCGAACCCCAACCAGAAGGUGGUCUCAGAGGCCAAGCAGCCGUCUGGCGCCAAGACGCCCCUCGAGGAGGGUCACAUCACGCCCGCUCAUGGUACUCACCUCGGCUUGCACCUCACGCCCGAACAGACGGUUGGUACGCGACAAGGCUUCCAGACUUGA